AGAGUUUCAUCAAUGCUCAUGUAUCCGAUGAUCUCGAAACAUCAAAGGUUGCAAACUUUCCGCACUCCAAUGUGAAAGCUUGCGUUGUAUGCGACCAAAGUGGACAUAAACUUCGCGACUGUGACAAGUUCAAAAGCUCGACGGUAGAGGAAAGACGAAGACUAGUGGAUCACUAUAACUUGUGUAAGCGUUGUCUGGUUGGACAUGGUAAAUGGCCUUGUCGUACCAAGCAACCAUGCGGAUUUGAUGGAUGUUCCGAGAUGCACCACAGAAUGCUACAUUCUGACCGUGUUGCAUCAAAGGAAAACACAGCAGGUUCAUCGGCACUUGUUUCCACUCAUACUAGUUCGUUGCAUUCAACACUCUUCAAGAUCCUUCCUGCUACGUUGUAUGGUGCCGGUAAAACGAUCCGAACAUAUGCCUUUUUUGAUGACGGAUCCAGCCAUACAUUGUUAGAUCAAGAUUUGGCUGAUGAACUAGGUCUCGGUGGUGAGCCUGUUCCACUUUGCCUUCAAUGGACUGGGAAUGUGACAAGGACAGAAUCUAAUUCGAGACGAGUCAGUUUGAGCAUUUCAAACGUCAACAGCGAGUGUCCUCAAUACGAUAUGUCUGAUGUUCGCACCGUUAAAAAGCUCAACCUCCCUCGGCAGACUAUGGACUACAAGCAGUUAUCCAGCCAGUUCCCGUACUUGCAUGGAUUGCCGAUUGCAAGUUAUUGUGAUGCAGUCCCACGAAUACUUAUUGGCGCUAACAACGCGAACUUGAUUCUGACACUGGACCGCCGGGAAAGAAGGAUAGGAGAGCCAGUCGCAACAAAAACGCGACUGGGUUGGACUGUUUUCGGUGGUGUACGACCCACCACUGAACCUGCCAACCUUAUGUUCCAUGUUUGCGGAUGUUCGCCAGAUGAUAUGAGCUCGUUCGCCAGAUUACAUGAGCUCGUUGAGAAAUAUUUCAGCAUGGAAAUUAUGGGCAUCAACGGACCAAUUCUGGAAUCGGUGGAAGAUCAGCGUGCACGGAAAAUACUGGAAGAGACGACAAAACGCACAUCUUCAGGCAAAUUUGAAACUGGUUUGCUGUGGUGUACCGACGACAUCGAUAUGCCAAACAGCUACCCAAUGGCAGUAAGGCGUCUAAGAUGUCUUGAAAGAAAGUUACAAAAGGAGCCAGAAUUGCGAAAGAAAGUUGAUUGUUUGAUUGGUGAAUAUCUACAGUUAGGGUAUGCACAUAUCGCGACUGAGGAAGAACUUCGGAUGUCAGAUCCUAAGCGUAUCUGGUACUUACCUUUAGGAGUGGUACGAAACCCCCGCAAACCUGACAAAGUUCGCGUUGUCUGGGAUGCAGCCGCGACAGUGAAUGGCGUUUCUUUAAACUCGCUUCUCUUGCCUGGGCCUGAUCUGCUGACACCGCUGCUGACUGUCUUAUGCCAGUUUCGUCAACGACAAUAUGCUGUUUCGGCGGACAUUCGUCAGAUGUUCCAUCAACUGAUUAUUAAACAAGAAGAUCGACAAGUACAACGCUUCCUGUAUCGCACCGACGUCCAGUCUAGCCCUACGGUAUACGUACUAGAUGUCGCCACAUUCGGCGCGACAUGUUCGCCAUGUUCAGCGCAAUAUGCUAAAAACUUAAAUGCAUCUGAAUACCGCAGCAGCUUUCCAGAAGCAGCGGAGGCUGUUAUCAAGAACACGUACGUUGAUGACUAUCUGGAUUCUCGGGACACCAUCGAAGAAGCUGUUCAACUGUCCUUGGAAGUACGGAUGAUCAAUUCCAAAGCUGGGUUUGAUCUUAGGAAUUGGAAGUCAAACUCCAACGAAAUUCUGCGUCGCGUUGGGGUAGAAUGUCAGGAGACGGAGAAAAAUUUCGCUGCAGAGAAAUCAACACCAAUGGAACGAGUCCUAGGAAUAUCAUGGAUGACAGACGACGACAUAUUCGUGUUCUCAGCUCAAUUUCGGGAAGAUCUACUACAUGUUCUGUCAGGAAAUAUCGUUCCCACCAAGCGUCAAGUUUUAAGGGUAGUGAUGAGCUACUUUGAUCCGCUCGGAAUAAUUACCAACUAUACUAUUCAUGGGAGGAUACUUCUUCAAGAUAUUUGGCGCUCUAACGUCAAGUGGGAUGACCCUAUCACCGACGAAGACUUCUCAAACUGGCAGCGAUGGGCAUUGCUGGCUCCACAGCUCAACAGAGUUUCCAUUUCUCGAUGUUACUUUCCAAAUUACGAUAAAGGUAGCUACGACUCACUUCAACUGCACGUCUUUGUUGAUGCUGGGAAUCAGGCUUACGGUGCCGUCGCAUAUUUUCGUAUUGUUGACCGCGGAAUACCACGCUGUGCUCUGGUAGCCGCAAAAGCUAAAGUAACGCCACUGAAGCCUCUGUCUACUCCACGAUGCGAGCUCAAUGCUAGCGUUAUUGGAGUUCGACUCAUGAAGACGAUUGAAAAAAAUCACUCGUUUAGAAUCAUUAAACGCUUUUUGUGGACCGAUUCCACCACUGUUCUGUCCUGGAUUCGUGCCGAUCCUCGUAAAUAUAGGCAGUACGUGGCGCUAAGAGUCUCCGAAAUACUUUCUGAAAGCCAGGUAUGCGAAUGGCACUGGAUUGCUACAUCGAAGAACGUCGCUGACAAAACAACCAAAUGGGGCCAUGGACCAGAAUUUGAACCGAAGAGUGAAUGGUACAAAGGACCAAGUUUUCUUCUUCAGCCCGAAAAUGAAUGGACUUUGAAGCAGCCAAGCAUCGUAGACCCACCGGAGGAGCUUAAAGUAAUCAACGUUCAUCAGGAAGCAUCCAUUGAACCAGUCGUGGACUUCGUUAAGUUCUCCCAACUUAGAUUACUAUUAAGAAUGUUGGCUUACCUUCACCAUUUUCGACGGUGUUGCAGUAUCAAACAAAGAGUCUCUUCAACCGAAGGUAAAGUAAUGUUAUCCCAAGAAGAUUUUGAAGCAGCAGAGAAGAGUUUGUGGAAAAUGAUCCAGCAACAAGAGUUUCCGCAUGAGAUUUGUGUUCUUAAGCAGAACGCCACUUUGCCGAUGAAUGAACGUGUACGUUUGGAAAAAUCCAGUUCAUUGUCGAAACUCUCCCCUUUCAUCGAUGAUGACGGAAUACUGCGAGUUCAGAGCCGAAUCGAUCCUGCAGCAGCAUACUAUGCUUUCAACUUCCGUAAUCCAAUCAUACUUCCGAAACAUAAUCACGUGACGGACUUAUUAGUGUUACAUUACCACCAACAAUUCGGACACGCUAAUGUGGAAACUGUCAUCAACGAAUUACGACAGCGUUAUUACAUUGCUAGACUUCGGACUGUCGUGAAGAAAACAGUGAAACAGUGCAUAUGGUGUCGCAUUUAUCGAGCAGUUCCACGCCCACCCAAAAUGGCGGCGUUGCCUCAACCACGGGUUCAACCGUACGUUAGACCGUUUUCGUUCGUAGGAUUGGACUACUUCGGACCAAUGAUUAUCAAGAGGGGCCGUACAAAUGUUAAGCGCUGGGUGGCAUUGUUCACUUGCCUUACGGUGAGAGCAGUGCAUUUAGAGGUGGUGCAUUCAUUGUCGACGGAUUCCUGCAAAAUGGCAAUACGUCGCUUUAUUGCACGGCGAGGAGCACCUCGAGAGAUUUUCAGCGACAAUGGCACAAACUUUCGCGGGGCAGCUCGAGACCUGGCCGAAGAAGUCAGGAAUAUCAACAACAAAAUUGCAUCAACCUUCACUAAUGCAGAUACAAAGUGGACCUUCACUCCACCAUCCGCCCCCCACAUGGGAGGAGUGUGGGAGCGGAAGGUUCGCUCCAUAAAGGAGGCUUUCAAAUCGUUAUGCCAUCGGGAUAAACUCGACGAUGAGGAGUUUUCUACAUUUCUUAUGGAGGCGGAAAUGAUUGUCAAUUCACACCCAUUGACAUUUGUUCCACUUGAUGAACCAAAUCAGGAAGUGUUGACGCCGAACAGUUUUCUGCUGUUGGAUUCCAGUGGGGCGAACAAUGCUCCCGAAAUACCUAUCAGCGAUUCUGUGACACUGAAACUGAACUGGAAAUUACUUAACCAUCUGCUGAACCAAUUCUGGCGAACCUGGAUUAGAGCGUAUCUCCCAACAAUCGCACGAAGGACGAAAUGGUUUACUGAAGUACGACCUCUUCAAAUCGGUGAUUUGGUCGUCAUCGUUGAUGAAAGUGUACGUAAUGGAUGGUUACGCGGACGCGUGGUCCGAAUAUAUCCAGCAGCAGACGGACAGGUCAGGAAGGUCGAUGUUAAGACUGAUUCGGGAGUACUUCAACGAGCCUCAGCGAAGGUAGCUUUGCUCGACAUUCAAGAGGACAGUAAAACUAAUUGAAGACUAGGUAUUACGGGGUGGGGUGUUGCGUCGAGCGAACGAUAGGCCCUUUGCAGAGUUAGAUCGUUUCAAUGUCACACACUAGCGACGGAAUGUGUCAAAGAAAAAUUCGAUAGAAACGAGAAAAUGCGUACGGGUUUCAUAAAGUGAAUUUUCUGUAGUAGUUAUUUCGUAAAAGAGCCAUAUGAACUUUCUAAAAUUAUAGUGAAUUUGAGUAGUUAGUUAUUAGUUAUUUAGACAAUUUGUUUCAUACGCUGAAUUCUCUAUAAAUUGGUAAAAAGAACUUGUUAUACUGAAGAUGAACUAUAUAACCACAACUUCUAUACAUCUAUUUAGAAACCUGCAAGCAAUCGCUCAGAGGCAUAAAUUACUCUAGGCUAACUGAUUGGAAACUUAUCUAAUCAGUUAAGAAUUUAGCUCUAUAUAAGAUUCCAAAUCAUCCAAGUGCGUCGCUAUUUAGCCAAUUGAAGACCAAUUUGUAAGGUUAAGUAUUCUCUAUUGUAUAUGUCGUAAAUAACUAUGAAAUAUAUUUCAGUCGAGUUGCUUGGUAAACCCCAACUACGAGAAGUUUUCACAC